AGAGAAGAGAGAGAAAGACGGAACAACACGAACGAUUGGCCAUUGGCCAAGCUAGGGAUCCGGGGUAAAAAGAUUUGGUGGAGGGGGACAUUUCUAGAGCGAGAUAUUUGGUGAACAUGGAUAUUUCUUGAGAGGGAAAGAGAAACAGGACUUAAAGGCACACCGAGAAAGCAUAUGAUCGGAAAUUCAGACAUCCUCUGCUUGCUUCGUAAAGCAACAGGAGAGAGGAGAGGGGAAGGGGGAGAGAGGAGGAAGAAGAAGAAGGAGAAGAAAGAUGGGUCGCGGGAAGGUGGAGAUGAGGCGGAUCGAGAACAAGAUAAGCCGUCAGGUGACGUUCGCCAAGCGCCGGAACGGGCUGCUCAAGAAGGCGUACGAGCUCUCGCUGCUUUGCGACGCCGAGGUCGCGCUCAUCGUCUUUUCCGGCCGCGGUCGCCUCUUCGAGUUCUCCAGCUCCUCGUGCAUGUACAAAACACUUGAAAGGUACCGCACUUGCAACUACAACUCACACGAAGCAAACCCUACACUGGAAAACGAAAUUAGUUACCACGAAUAUUUAAAGCUAAAGACCAGAGUUGAAUUCCUUCAAAGUUCACAAAGAAAUAUUCUCGGUGAAGAUCUGGGUCCACUUAGCAUUAAGGAGCUUGAUCAGAUUGAAAACCAAAUAGAUGUAUCCCUCAAGCAUAUCAUGUCAAGAAAGAGUCAAGUAUUAGCUGACCAGCUAUUUGACCUGAAAAAUAAGCAGCAAGAACUGCAGGAUCAAAACAAAGACUUGAGGAAGAAGUUGCAAGACAGCAUCCUCGAAGAGAACGCAGUUCACAUGUCCUGGCAAGAUGGAGGACAAAAUAGUGGGCAUGCCAAUGAGCCCUAUCCGGGAUUCCUCCAACACCCGGAUCAUGAUUCCACCAUGCAAAUUGGGUAUGUUGAUCAGUCCUACAUGGACCAGCUGAACAACAAAGACAUAGCUUCUCACAAGAACCCGAAUGGAGAACCUGGAUCGUCCGCAGGCUGGAUAUGACUGAUCGAUGUGGCGUUGCCUCCCGUGUGUAGCCACUAGCCAAAACAUCAGGACUUCCGUGCAACUGUUAUAUUUGUCUAUCAUUGAUGUGUGGUGAGCACCAUAUGUAUCUUUAUCUAUGUCAGCACCUACGUUAUGCUA